UCAUUCACGCUAAUUGAUUCCCCAUGAGGGUACUUCAGCAAAUUCAGCUAAGAACGAUAUUUUUUACUUAUUUCUUCUUUUUCCAGUUUUUCAAAGAUAAACGCAAUGCUUCGAAUCACAAUUCGAAUAGUUCUACUAAUGACUCUUUCUCAGCAAAUUCUGGGAAACGUGGUUAUCUUACUGGCUGACGAUUUGGGGAUCGAAACUGAGCUCUAUGGAAUGGAUGCCUGCAAGACGCCGCACCUGAUGUCCCUGGCGCGUCGGGGUGUCGUACACGAGAAGACUUGGACCGUCGUCAGCAGCUGCUCCCCCAGCAGGGCGUCCAUCUUAACAGGGCUGCCACCCCAUCAGAAUGGCAUGUAUGGUCUUCAUCAAGGCUACCACAACUUCCAAUCGUUCACUCAAGUUAAAACGAUUUCCAACAUAUUGAGUGACAGCGGGAUUAGAACUGGAAUUAUAGGCAAAAAACACGUCGGGCCAAAUGAUGUUUACAAAUUUGACUACGAAGUAACUGAAGAACAUUAUCCCAUUAUGCAGGUUGGUCGAAAUAUCACCUUGAUCAGAGAUAAGGUGCGAGAAUUUCUUUCAGUGAAUGAUUCUCGCCCAUUUUUCUUAUACGUUGGGUUUCACGACCCACAUAGAUGUGGUCACACUAAUCCUGAAUUUGGACAAUUCUGCGAAAAAUUUGGGAAUGGAGAUCCUGAGAUGGGGACGAUUCCGGAUUGGACUCCUGUUGCUUAUGAAGCUGAUCAAGUUCAUGUACCUUACUACGUCCAAGACACACCAGUAGCUCGGGAAGAUCUUGCAGCUCAGUACACAACGAUAUCUCGUCUGGAUCAAGGAGUCGGAGUAGUUCUGCAAGAAUUGGAGAGAGCGGGAGCUUUAGAAGAAACUCUAAUUCUCUUCACGUCCGACAAUGGCUCGCCUUAUCCAAAUGGUCGGACAAACACGUACGAACCCGGCCUGCAGGUCCCGUUGAUAGUCUCGUCCCCUAGAGAUCAAAACUCGUGGAACACAAGAACUAACGAAUUAACAUCACUACUUGACAUAGUUCCUACUGUUCUAGAUUGGUUUAACAUAAGUUAUCUGAACUACACAAUGUUUUAUUAUAAUAUGACAGUGACCCUAACCGGAAGGACACUCCUAAGAGAUGACGUAAACACCACAUGGUUCAAUCACAAAUACAUCUACGCCAGCCACAAUUUACACGAGGUUACCAUGUAUUAUCCCAUGAGAAGCGUUCGCACCGCUCGUUUCAAACUCAUCCAUAACCUGGCGCACAGGAUGCCUUUUCCAAUCGACCAGGAUUUCUUUAUUUCCGAUGUUUUCCAAGAUAUUUUAAAUCGAAGCCUUGCAGAUGAUCUGCCAUGGUAUAAAACUUUAGAUGACUACUACUACAGGCCUCAGUUCGAGUUAUUUGAUUUAAAAAUUGAUUUCACUGAGAAGAAUAACAUGGCUGACAAUCCUCACUACAAAAAGGUGUUCCAUAAACUUUUCAACCACCUUCACAAGUGGCAAAACAUCACGCAAGAUCCAUGGCUUUGUUCACCUGGUGGAGUACUACAGGAUUCUGGAGAUUAUGCGGAUGAGCAUCAGUGUUUCCCAUUGUACAAUGGAUUAUGAUGGUGCGCCCCUUCGAAAUCUAGUUAUAGUUUCACGAAGAUUCAUGAAUCAAAUAUCCCUUCUAGCCCCGAUAGCGCCAGCUUGUCGCCAAAUCGUGACUAAUGGGCGAAAAAAAUUCCUAUUGCCCACUCUGGCGAGGAGCGAACUUCAAGUUGAAGCUCUCAUUACGUUGGCCAUGCACUGAGAGAAAUGGGUGCGUCUGUAUGACCUAAUUUGAUGAGUCAAC